CACAGCCUACAGCUGUGUGGUGCAUGGUUUUCAAGGCCCUUCGUGUACAAGUUGAACUUGCAGUACCAACACGCAUCAUCGUUUGCAUUAUACGUCAUAAAAUUUGAUCGUUUUGUUGGUUAGUAGGCAAGCAGAGUCAGCAUGUGUAGACAAGCCAAAUCGCGGUAAGGCCCGCUUAUCGCAGAAGAUCAAUGCAGGCAUCGUAGACCCUAGCUGCAACUCCACAAGGGCAACUGCGUCGUCGUACAUGCAUUUGCUCUACUUUUCCUAUCGCUCCCAUGCAAUUCAUUUUAGCACGUUUUUCCUUACGAGGCACACGGUGCACAGGAUAAAUAAUAAUUAUUACUAAACCUUCUAUUACGUAACCCCCAAAAUUCCUGCCUAAUACGUAGCAUUUCCGGUUAGCCGCGAAGUGUACAGUAUCGUCUGUCAUUAUGUGCACGGCAUUGUGGAAUCGCGAAGCAAAUUUUACAGAAACCGAAGCCAGGACGCAUAUUUACGUGUGAAUGAACUCUGGUGACCAGUGCGCGUCUGCUCUGCAUCGACAAGAACAGAAGAGAGAACAGAAGCCUUGGCAGUGAAUAAGAGAGAAAAGAAAAUUUGAUAGACAGCAGAGCGGCACAUUCAACACAACCGUAUCUUCUUGUUUGGUUGCCAAUUGAAAUAUGGUGUGGUUAGUGUGGCACCACGUACAGAGAAUUCGGAACUAAGCCAAACGUCUGCCAUUGGGCCACCGGAUCGCGUAGUCUGCACUAAAUAUCUCACCACACCGAUAAUCUCCCAGCCCGGCAUUAUUGUUAAUCUGUUCACCCGUUUUUGUCGUGUGGUGAAGCAUUUGGAAGCACAGCUAUAGUGCUAGCCCGAGCAAAUGGACAGUGGAUAUCUUUGUUCUUAUCGUUUGUGUGCAGUGUGUGGCGCGAGAAGGAUUGUUGGAAUCCUUGGGAAUACAACCACUAUCUGUGGCUGACUUGAUUUGAUUUCCAUUUUAUUGGUUUUGUUUAUGUGGAAUUAAUCCAAAAUGGCCAAAAAUACUACGAAUUCUGUUGAGAUGGCGGGAAAGCCAACCGGAAGCGACCUAAAAAUUGAUUUCGAUGGGACAACAGUGUUGUGUCGGGUCUGUGGAGACAAAGCGAGUGGUUUUCACUAUGGAGUGCAUAGUUGUGAAGGAUGUAAGGGAUUCUUCCGGCGAUCCAUCCAGCAAAAGAUCCAGUACCGGCCCUGCACGAAAAACCAGCAAUGCGCGAUCCUGCGCAUUAACCGUAAUCGCUGCCAGUAUUGUCGAUUGAAGAAGUGCAUUGAAGUUGGAAUGUCGCGUGACGCUGUGCGGUUUGGACGUGUUCCCAAACGGGAAAAGGCUAAAAUUCAUGCUGAAAUGCUGAAGCAGAGCGCAAAAACGCAGGUGUCUUCGUUAUGUGCCGAAAUGGACGAUCAGGAGAGCCUACUUUCCCUGGUUGUCAAGGCACACGAGGAAACGUGCGAAUACACUAAGCCCAAAAUAAUGGGCAUCCUGGAGCAAUGGAGAGUGACGAAUCACCUACCCGAGCUUUCAUCCAUAAUCGCCUGCCCGUUGAACCCGUCGUCAUCUGUGGCGAGCGCAGCACAAUCAGGCCAACAUCACUCACACAUCAAUGGGACAACACUGGAUGAUUUCUCUGACCGAUUUUCUCCUAUUAUACGCGGCGUCGUGGAUUUCGCAAAGCGCCUGCCCGGAUUUCUUAUGCUGUCUCAAGAUGAUCAAGUCACUCUGCUGAAGGCGGGUGUGUUUGAGAUCCUUCUUGUCCGCUUAUCCAGAUUGUUUGACGCCACAGCCAAUUCACUGCUCUGUCCCAGUGGACAGGUUUUACGCCGCGAUCUAGCCGCACUGACCGGUAGCAACGCCCGAUUCCUUGUUGACUCGAUGUUCGACUUUGCUGAGCGCUUCAAUCAGAUGGAUUUAUCGGACGCGGAGAUUGCUGUCUUUUCGGCCGUGGCACUCAUGGCGAAUGAUCGGCCCGGACUGCGCAGUGUGGAGUUGGUAACGAAGAUCCAGGAUGCGAUGAAACGCUGCCUUGAGCGGCUGGUGGCACGCAAUCAUCCCGAGCAGACGGAAUUUUACGCACAGUUAAUUAGGAAAAUCCCUGAUCUCAGGACAUUGAAUACGUUGCAUUCCGAGAAGUUGAUUGGUGGGAAGAUGGAUACGUGCGGCAGUCUGAUGGCCAGCACACUGGGCACGACGACGCCCGGGAAAGGGCACGGGAAGCGAUGGGCGGGCCGCACCAGUGUGGAAGCGGAUAGUCCACAGUCGAGUUUCGGACGCUGUGGCAGCUCCUCACCGCAGUCCCGCUCGCCCACCAGUGUUACAUCGUCGGAUGCCACACGGGCCGCCGAUUCCGGAGUUGAAAGUGGCAGUGACUGUAAAUUUGAUCUCGAUAGCGAUGGUGCGCGUCAGCGAGCAAAAGACAGCGCCGAUGUCCCAGCUGUGAAAUCACCCGACUGCGAUAUGCCUGUAUUAAAACGCGCUCUGCAAGCGCCUCCUUUAUCCAAUGCGUCGGAAAUUUAUGCCGACUUGUAUCGCACACACAAAAAGUUCCGCGCGGCCCGCAAAAAUGAGGAAGCCCGGGCCGACAGCACAACCGCACCCCGGCACAGUCCGGCUCCGUCGCCGCCGGAUGCUGUGGGAAGUUUUAAAGAACCGGCUUCUGUGGGAACCGAAAUGAAGGGAUCCCCUACUACACGCUUACACGCGGCUCUAACCCAAGAAUCUCCGAUCUCGCCUGUCACGCUGAUGCCCACACAUUUGCUAUCCAAUUUUGGAGGCUAUUAUGGAUUGGGCCUGGCGGCAGCGCCGAACCCCGGUAUGAUGCCGGCCGCCGUGGCGGCUGUGGCCGGAUCAGCUUUUACCAAAGCAUCACCGUUCUCCUUCGUCUCACCGGCUGCGUUCUAUCCGGCCCAUGCGGCAGCCGAUAUGCGCCUGUUACAUCACCAAAUUGGCAAUAUUAGUCUGUAUCCACAGGCGUUUGACAUGUCGCUGGGCUAUCUUCCCCUGGCACAACAGACGCGGAUGGCACCGUUUCCAAUUUCAGCCAUGCAUCAAUUACAAAUGGAAGCUCGAUCGCCCACAACGACCAGCGCACCGGAAGUACCCUUUUCGACGCGAUCACAUGCUUCCACUCCAACCUCGCCGACGAUCGGCAGCACAGCGCCGACGAAACGACCAGCAUCCGCGAUGAUCAACAGUACGAACGAUGCUGACCAACCGUUAAAUUUAUCUAAGAAAAUGGAUUUAAAAGCCGAUCCCGGUUGGUAGUAACCGAUGUUGCUUAUCAGCCCAAAAAAGCGAAACUGCGUGGUUACGCGGGGGAAGGUGGGAUGAAUGCGCAUGUUGCAUUUAGCGGACACGUGUGGCCGUUGUACGUACAAAUAGCGCUUCCUGUUUCAAGGGAAAUCGUUCAGUGUUCACCUAUGGACGUGCAGACUGACAUACCGUCAUCUCUGGACGUUUACACUACCUAGUAUUCAAGUAUUGCGAAGAGGAUUUAACUUCCCCAGAUUUUAAGAGACAGACCCCGGAUUCUUUUAGAAUUGUAUUUGGCUUUCUCCCUGGUUUUCACUGUUGUGUUUGUAAAGAUUAUGCAAUGUUUUAGCCCUGCUCUUGCUGAGCACUGCCUCUGCUUCUGCAUAAAGUAGAAAUUGUGUAGAUUUCUGUUUGGUUGGGAUACAAGUUAUGCUUUGGAGUUUAGUAAUAGACGCUUCUUUCUUUCGCGUUGACUGGCUCAAUUUUAUGUUGUGGUAAUAAUAAUUAAAUCGAUAUG